AUGCCGUCAUGUUUGGGAAGUCUGAACUAUUACAGCCAGUUCAUUAAAGACUAUGCGAUUUAUGCGUCGGUUCUGUAUGAAUUGCGAGAAAUCGACUCUGCUGCGAUGGUGAAAGAGGCUACCCAAGCGCAGAUCCAACAAGUGUUGGAAGCGGAAAACGUGGAUCGAGGAUCACAGGAGGAUCAGGGGGUCGACCACCGAAAGGCUUUAGAUCUGGAGGCGCCAGAUCCGACCGAGGUGGAUCCGCGUUGGAUCCAUGCCCAUCGAUUCUUCAGUGCACUCAAAGCCAAGAUCGCUACUACUCCGAUCCUAAGGCACUUUGAUCCAGAUCGGAAGGCCACGGUUGUGGUAUAUGCUAGCGAUUGGGCCAUUUCGGGAUCAUUGAUGCAGGAAUACGACCAGAUCUUUUACCCCAUGAUGUUUGCCAGCACUCUCAAACACAUCAAGAGCACUUCCGUGAUCUUCACACCUUGGGAUCCGGGUGAAUCCAUAUAG